UGUGUAGUCGUUCGUUCAGCUGCAGCUGGGUUGCCAGUCGCAUCACGCGCGAGCACGGGAGCAGGACUCGCUUCGCAGCCGGUGCAGUGCUCUUCCGCGACACGUUUGGCUCAAGCCGUUGCCAGGGGCUCGGCAUCCAUAGCCCCUUCCACACGUGUUGUCUCAGGGCCCGGUUGCUGCAGCCAAUGCCCGGACGCGACACCUCCAUUUGAGCAAUAUUCGGGGCGGCGGCCACUCGACCGUGGCGGGGGCCGUGGCGGGGACCCCCGGCGGAUGGCGCCGCCGCUCGCGCCCGCGGCCGCGCUGGUGGCCCUGGCCGCGCUGGCGCCCCGGGGGGAGGCGAUUGUGGCCAAGGUCGCGCUGAGGUCCAGGCCCGAGAGCGACCAGCCUGGCUCCGAGGUCAUGGAGGCGGCCUCGACGGCUGGUAAGCAUGCCACGCGCUACCCGAGCUCGGCCUUGGAGGGCAUCCAGGCCGUCCCGCUCAAGGCGUGGCUUGUCGGAUGCUACCUUGCCGCCAUAGUCAUCUCCAGCGGCAUCCGCCAGCGCAGUUCAGGCGGGGCUGCCCGCCGGGCGGCUGGCACGGACAAGCCCGUCGGCCGGCAGACGCCUGCCUCGCCGGCGGCGGUGGCGAGGUCCGAGGCGAGCCCGCUGCUCCCCGACAGCAAGCGCCCGUCGGCGCGGGAGGGCUUCGAGGCGGCGGCGAUACUGCUGGUGUGGAUGGUCGUCAGCCCCAUGUUCAUUUUGCUCAACAAGUGGUGCUUCACCUCCGGCGGCUUCCCGUUCCCGAUCACGCUGACCGCCAUGCACAUGGGGUCCUGCUUCGCGGUGUUCGGCGCCGUGAGCUGGUUGCCGAAGGGCCUUCGCACGAGGAUCAUGCCAGACGUGGACACCGCGAUCCCCUGGGGCGUGUACUGCAAGG